CCCUCUCCCUCCAGCACCGUCUCUCCUCGACGUCCCGGGCCCACACUCCUUUCCCGCCCUCCUUCAUUUUUGCGCUCACUCUUUCGCGCACAAUGGCCUCCAAGCUCCUCAAUCUCGUCGCUCUGUCCUCUCUCGCCAUCAUGGCCUGCUCCUUCGGGGCUACGCCGGCGAACGCGCUCUCUCAUGCCCACAUGCAGCAGCUUAACAACCGCCACCUCGGUCAUGCCGCGUCUCUUCCUAAGAAGAAGCGCGACACCAAGCGUUGCAAGGCUCGCCCCUCUACCACGUCCUCGGCUGCUCCUUCCACGACCCCCCACACUAGCAGUGUGAAGGCCCAGGCCGCGGCGGUGACUACCACCAAGGCGCCGGCUGCGACCACCACUACCAAGGCCGCGGCCCCUGCCACGACCACCAAGGCGUCCAGCGGCAGCAGCGGCUCGGGUGCUGCUGGCAGUGGCAAGUUCGGCCAGAAGGGCUCGAAGAUCUGUGUCGCUUGGGGUGACGGCAAUGAUGCCUCCCUGGCCCAGUUCAAGACCAGCCACGUUGUUGGCAUCUACGACUGGGGUGUUGACAAGCCCUCGAAAGCUGAUAGCCUUGGCUAUGAAUUCUGGCCCAUGCUCUGGGGUAGCUCCGGCGACAAGAUCAGCGCGUUCGAGUCUGCGAUCGCCAACAACCCUGGUCUUGGUACGAUUAUCUUGGGAUUCAACGAGCCUAACGAGGAGGGACAGUCCAACAUGGAUCCCCAGACUGCAGCCGCCCUGUGGAAGCAGCACAUUCAGCCGAAGGCGGCGUUGGGAUACAAGCUUGCUUCUCCCGCUAUGUCGUCUCGCCCUAACGGCCACCAGUGGAUGAAGGACUUCAUGGCCGCGUGCGACGGUUGCACGGUUGACUACCAGGCCGUCCACUGGUACGACAUUGGUUUCGACACGUUGAAGUCGUACCUUACGCAGUACCACAACGAGCUUGGUCUCCCCAUCAUGCUCACCGAGUUCGCCGACCAGAACUUCAAUGGUGGCUCCCAGGCGUCCUCUUCGGAGAUCUUCCAGUUCAUGGGCCAAGCCCUCGAAUUCAUCGACAACACCGACUGGAUGGUUGCUGCCUGCCCCUUCGGUGUUAUGCACGACCUGCAGGGUGUUAACACCCUCAACAUGCUCCAGAACUCCGACGGCUCCCCCACCGAUCUCGGCUUCGUCGUUAUCAACAACAGCUACUAAUUGUACCCACGUCUCAGAUACGGAGAGGGUCGUCACGGACUUCACGACUGUGACGUAUCAUGGCCGUUGCUCGUACCUAUACCCUUGUCUCUUCUUGCCGGGUCCUCGUGCCUCUGGAUAGGUGUUGGUGUGGUUUCUUAGAGCAGUCGGACUGGUUGUGCCAGUUUCCGAGGCUCGUACGUGGGUGCUGUGCAUGCAGAUUUUAUCCAGAUGUUACCUGGCCGUGCCGUUUAUCACAAUAUUUGUUUGUCGCAUUGUUAGUGCACCUGAGCAUCGUCACGAAUGCAUUGGUUUUGUAAGCUUCAGC